UAAGCCGCAAACCUUCCUCUUCUCAGCUGAAGAAUCGGAAUCCCGCCCACUGUACGGAUGCCGCAUUAAAAUUGGCCGCGCUUGCGCGUUGACGUUCCUUUUUUUUCUUGGAAUGUCCCUUGAUUAGAUCCCCAUCAUGGCAGAUCCAGAUCUUGAUUUCACCAGCGGUGAUGCAGGGGCUUCUGCCACCUACCCCAUGCAGUGCAGCGCCCUGCGUAAGAACGGAUUCGUGGUCCUCAAAGGUCGCCCUUGCAAAAUUGUUGAAAUGUCCACUUCUAAGACUGGCAAGCAUGGUCAUGCAAAGGUUCACCUAGUUGGAAUUGACAUUUUCACAAAUAAGAAGUAUGAAGAUAUCUGUCCCUCCACCCACAACAUGGACGUGCCUAACACCAAGAGAAAUGAUUAUCAGCUGGUUGACAUCAGUGAGGGGUUCCUGUCCCUUAUGUUGGACAAUGGUGAUGUGCGUGAGGACCUGCGUGUGCCAGACGGUGACCUGGGCAAAGAAAUCGAAAGCAAAUUUGCAGCUGGUGAAGAGAUGUUGGUGACUGUGCUUUCAGCUAUGGGCGAAGAAUCUGCAGUGGCCGUCAAACCCAUGACAAAAUAGGAAGAAAGACUGGGCUGCUCAGGCUGCAACAUUCUACACUUUAACAAAUCUCUUGCAUUUGUUUUUUUGUUUUUAUUUGCCACCAAAGCUAUGGCCUUCACAAGCAACCUCAAUUUUUUGUUGUGAUUGUAUUCCUUUUUUCUUCUCCCAAAACUGUGCUGGACUUGUUGGGUCAGUUGGCAUUCUCUCGGGUAAGAGGUUUAGUAUUGUCAUUGUGUUUCCUCCCCCCAACCCCCCAUUCCACUUUAUUUUUCCCUCAAGUUUUUACACUUACAUUCCUGAAUGUUAAAUAAUGGGAUCCAUUUUUCCUAUUUGUAUUAUCUUUAAUAGUAAUUGGUGUGCAGAAUUUAUGCAAGGUCUUGCGAAGAGAGAAAAGCCCCAACUGACACACGUUAUCCCCCCGGGUGCCAUACUUUUUACUUUUUCCUCUUAUAUGAUCUAUGCCAUACUGGCACUAUGGUUAAUUUCUCUUGACUGAAUGCCUUUUUUCCCAAAAGCGAGAUGCACACUGGUAGUUGGCACUUCCUUGUACUUGCAGUACCGCUAUGACGAGAAAUAAACUAGUGUAAUUCCUCUUAAAUGCCGGUCUCAAAUUGUUCAGAAGUGGAAAAGGAUGCGAUGGCCAUGUGCAAAUACCUCUGUAACAGUAGCAGCCAUUUUGAUUUUUGGCUGUCAUUGGCAACCUUAAAUAAAGUGUUGAAGCCUG